CGCUAAUAGCACAAGAAUAAAAAUGGGUGCUUCAAACGAAAAUACAAAAGCUUGGUUGGAAGACGAGUUGAUCCCAAAGCUGAAGUCUUGUUUAAAAAGAACCGACUCUUCUAUGAGCUACAAAGUUUCCACACCGCAAGACUCCUUUUUUUUGUCUCGAGUUUUCUUCCUCGACCUAAAGUUUGCUGAAAAUGAGAAGAGGGAGUUCAACUCUGAGUACAACCUUGUUGUAAAGCAGCCAACGGCCCUGAAGACAUUAAAUGAGUUGUUGAAGGUUGAAGUGCCUUUUACUAAGGAAAUUCUUUUCUACAGAAAAUUCGCACAAAAUAGUUCGGAUUAUCCGAGAUGCUUUUACACACUGGAUAAGGCACCAUACGAUUCCUUAGUCAUCCUGGAAAAUUUGACUAAAGAUGGUUAUCAAAUUUGUUCGAAAAAAGCUAAUCUCCAAAUGGAAUUUGUAUUAGCAGCUGUACAAGAAAUCGCCAGAUUUCAUGCCAAGAGUUACAUAUUGAAGAACAAGCAACCGAAAGAAUUUUUUAAUUUUAUUGAAGAAAUUAACAAACUUAACAGCCGCAUAUUAGCGUCAAAGGAUUCUUGUAUCAUGAUUGGGGCAAAUGCCAUAGGAGCCAGAAUAGUAAAUUAUUUACGAAGGGAGAAUUAUGAUAAGGAAUUCUGUGAUAAAAUAGAACCUAUUUUGGUCAAUGCUUGUGACCAAAUUGUUAAUAAUAUAAAGAGAUCUGAGGAACCUUUGACAGUUCUGUGCCACGGAGAUUUUUUGCGGAACAAUAUUGUCUUCAAGAAAAUAGACGACCAGAUAAAGGCGAAAGUAAUUGAUUUUGGUGCGAUUGAGUACAAUUCUCCAGGCACAGACCUUUCCAAAUUUUUGAUUCUUAACUGCACGAGAGAAGUCAGAACGUCGAAAUUGAAUUUUGUUAUCGAUGCUUAUCAUAAAGCUUUGUGUGAUUGUUUGGAAGAGGCUGAUGUAUCAAAUUUAGAAAGGUUUUCAAAGCCAAAAUUUCUGGAAGAAUAUAAAACUACUGCUCUGUGUGUUUUUGCGUGUAAUUCUUUUUUUAUCCCACGUACAUUUGAUUUUGUGUCGGACAGUGUUGAAACUCUGAUUAAUUUGACCGGAGAAGAAUCUUACAGAUUUUAUUAUGAAGUAGGAGGUGAUGAAAUGACUAAGAUAUUCGUAGGAAUCUUGCAAGAUUUGAGGGAAUCUGGUUGUUUGGAUUUCUUUUUGAUCAAGAAUAUCGGCAAAGAGGAAAGUGGAAAAGUAGCACAACAGGAGUCUGCCAAAUAAAAAUCGGCAAAUCUUCUUUUGUGGAAGCAGCUCACAUGACAAGAAUGUUUUAGUUGAGUGUAAAAUCGAUGCCUCUAUUCAAUACUGCUCGACGUCGCGUUGAGGUGGUGUAUCGCACAACUUCACGAUUAGGCGGGGUACAGCUCCAUGUCCUGUGCAUACC